UUUUAGAGAUUUCCUCUGGGUCAUCCAAAAUGCCUUUAAACGUAUUGGAUAAGAACUGAGCCACCUGCCCGUGUGCGACUUCCGUACUCUCAGCUCCACUGUCUUCUGAUGGCAUUUUGACUGCAUCGAGACCAAGUGACCCACUGCUCAUGAUGAGUGACGAGAAGAACCUUGGGGUGUCCCAAAAACUGGUCUCACCUUCAAGGAGCAUAAGUAGCUGCUCCUCCAAGCAAGGAAGUCGACAGGACAGCUGGGAAGUGGUGGAAGGGCUGAGAGGAGAGAUGAGUUACACCCAGGAGCCUCCCAUUCAGGAAGGAUUUUUGCUGAAAAAGAGGAAAUGGCCCUUAAAAGGCUGGCACAAGAGAUUUUUCUAUCUGGACAAAGGAAUCUUGAAAUAUGCCAAGAGCCAAACCGAUUUCACUAUUCAGGGCUGUUACUUUUCUAAAUUCCUUUAUAAGGAAUACGUGUCUUUGUAUCUUGUGUUUAAUUAUGCCUCUUCCUUUACUCGUUUUUAUAAUGAUUAUAUCUUUCUAGUUUACUUCACUUUAAGGUCAGCUUUUAAUACCAUAUCAACAGAGCGAGAGAAGCUGAAGCAGCUGAUGGAACAGGAUGUCUCCUCCUCCCCCUCUGCCCAGGUCAUCGGCCUGAAACACGCCCUGUCAUCCGCCCUAGCACAAAGCACAGACCUUAAAGAACGCUUACGCAGAAUCCAUGCUGAGUCUCUGCUCCUCGAUUCCCCCGCUGCUGCCAAGUCGGGUGACAGUCUGGCAGAGGAAAACUCCAGAGAUGACAGCCGAGCUCUGGUCCAUCAGCUUUCCAACGAGAGUAGACUCUCCAUCACUGACUCCCUUUCGGAGUUUUUUGAUGCACAGGAAGUUCUGUUAUCUCCAAGCUCUUCAGAAAAUGAGAUUUCUGAAGAUGACUCCUAUGUCAGUGACAUAAGUGAUAACCUUUCCUUAGACAAUCUCAGUAAUGACUUAGAUAAUGAGAGACAGACCUUGG